AUGAAGAGAAUACUUGAGAUUGAUCUUGAUAUUCUUGAGGAUGCUGUUCCUAGUUUGAGUAAACGAAUGAAAUUUAUGCAAACAGUAAAAGAAUAUAAUUGUAUAAUAAAUGAAGCUUUAUCUGAGAGCGAAGAUAAAGAUGAAUCGAGUGGCGAAUUGAGUGAUGAAUUGAGUGAAUCAAACAAAGAUGAAUUAAAUAAAGAUGAUUCUGAGUUGGAUGAAGAUGAAUCGGAUGGGAGUGAUAGAUCUGGUGAUGUUGAGAUACGAGAGAAAAACCCUUAUAAUAGUUAUGUGAGUGAGAGAUUCAAUGUUAUUAAGGAAUUGAAUCCUGGAUUGACCAAUCCAGACAUCUUUAGACUUCUCACCAUUGAGUGGAAGAAUAGUCCGAUGAAUCCAAAAAAUAAUUGUGAAAUCUAA